UACCUGCUGCUGGGUAUAAAAGGCUUUAUCAGUUCUGUGUUCCAAAUAGUUCCGACUCGCUAACACUCAACUUCACUCUAUGGCUCCUUCACAAGUUUCUGGUAUGAUGAUGAGGAAUCUUCUUUUUGGGGUUAUUCUUGGACUUCUCGCUGUUGUCCACUCAACACCUGUUAUUACUGUAACCCAGAUCCCCACCAAAGAUGGGGAUGAUGUUUUCAAAGAGGCUGUGACAGAAGGUUUCCUUGUUGAACCCUAUUUCCUCAUGUUGCUCACAACUAAAUCACCCAGAAGAAACACAACCUUGAAGGUGUCACCCAGCAGCCGUCCUCUGACUCCAAAGAGAGGGACAUGAUUGAAGGCAGUGCUAUGGGCGACACCAACGAAAAGACAUCCACGUUCCUCCAGUUUGCAACCACAACUCCGAGUGUUUUACAUGUUCAGAGCUCUGCCUUCACAGUGUUGCCAAGGGACAAUGUCCACUCAAGUCCAGAUCCAUCCACCAGCCAAAGCCAUCAGUCUAGCUUUACCUCUUCAUCAGUGCCAAGUAAAGCCCAGUCAAGCGUCACCCCAGACCACAUCUCAGUCUCUCAAACUAUUUACCCCGCUGUUUCCACCUUUGACUUCCUGAGCACUCAGAGCUCCGACUUAGGGUCUGGAGAUGGAGAAAUGCUUGGCAAGUACUCUACUACAACCUCCAUUACGACGUCUAGGUCCAACAGAGACGCUAGCACUGCAUCAUCAACCUCCAAGGCAGCUUUUAUCCGACCAAAGGCUCUUGUAACGUUUGCCAGGAGUGAAGGAUCAGGAAUGGAGUUCAGUACAGUGUCAACCAGUACUGGAGAAACACUAAGAGCUGUGGUGCAUGCAACACUCAAAGAUGUUCAAAAACCACACAAAGUGGAAUACCGUGACAAUGUUCUGGCACCCAAGACCAAAGAACACAGUACGCCGGGUUGGCUCGUGAUCCUAGCUUUUAUGGUUGGUUUUGCAGCACUGGUAAUGGUCUUUGUUGCCAUUGCUACCAGAGACAAAUGGAGAGGACCACGCCAGGUAUCUCAGAUCGAGACCAAAACUAACUCAAACCAGCAGAGGGAGCUAGAGAUGGAGACAUUCCUGCACAAAGACAAGCUCAUGGUAAAUCAAAAGGUGGGAGAUUACACAGUCAUCCCCCUGGAUGAGAUUCCAGAGAAAUAUUCAUCACAAUGAGGUUCAGAAACAGACCCUCUGGAGGCUUUGAGACUCAUCACAGAACCUGAAGAUUGUGUUGGAAGCAAAUGGUUUUGAUCAGAGGAACAAAACUGUUGGGGACGCUUUCUGUGGACUUUAACUCUGAGCCCAGUGUGAACCACAAUCAUGGUCCGGCUUUUCCGGCUGAAUUUCAAGAACUCCUAAAGUAUCUUUACUUUGAAACUGAUAUUUUGGAUAAAUGUAUUAUCUACUAUUGUAUUAAGUGUUAAAUACAAAACUGGUUGGGUAAGAAUCACAAAUGUCAUUUAUUUCAAACUAAAUCUCACAGCGUUUUAUUCUUUUUUUUAUUAUUGUAAAUAAUGAAUGUCUUUUUUUUUAACUCUAAGUGGACACAUGAUUCUGUGUGCAGUCUAGAUAUGUGGUUUUAAGGUGUCUGUUGUAUUUAAAUCACUUUGUAAAAACAUUAUUGAUAACUAUGUUGUCGAUUGUAACUUAUAUGAAGCUACUCUUUAGCCCACAUU